AUGAUUUUGCAUUUCCAGGGGAGAGGUCUGUAUGUAAAGAAUACUGAUCUCUCCCCUGUCAGCAACAGCAUGCUGCCUUGUAUUGCUCUGCACAGCAGAGCAAUCCAAAGCAGCAUGCUUACACAGUAAAACAGCACACAGCACAUAAUGUGAAACACACAGCACACAGUUAACCCUUUGAUUGCCCCAGAUGUUAUCCCCUUCCUGCCCAGUGUCAUUAGUACAGUGUCAGUGCUUUUUAUUAGCACUGAUCACUUUGUUAGUGUCACUGAGGAUGUCAGUGAAAGUUAGUCAGUUCCCACCCAGUGUCAUAAUGCCCGCCGCAGUCCCACUGUAA